UUAGGUGCUGCGUUUCUGGCAAAGUUUAAGGCAUUGACUGAUCAUUAUUGCUUCCAACAGGUCGUCGAGCUUCGCUUUGAGAUGGAUUUUAUAUCAGCCAUGGACUUCCUAGUCGAUAUGAUCGGUGGUUUGCGGUUGUUGGUAGGCAAGCCAAUGUGGAACCGCCAAGACUGGAGCGAUGUCGUCGCCAUGAAGGGGGCACGGGAAGUCCUGAGGGGAGUCAGGUACCCGGAAGACGCCACCCGGCGGUCCCUGUACGCGUCGUGGCUGAAGGCCCUCGCCUCCACCAGAUGGCAGGAGUCGUUCGACCACCUCAUGCUGGAGUGCGUGGUCGCCACGCCGUCGCCGACUGCCCCCUGGAAGCCGCUGUUCGCCAGCAUCUACAGAGACCGGGACGUGAUGGACCUGCCGUUCCCGGAUGUAAUAGAGCCCGUGCUGAACGUACUCAAGAUUCCAGCGCUCUUUGCACAGGAGCUUGAGAAGGUUGAGCCGCUGCCUUCGUCUCCCGGUUUCGUCGACUUCCUCGCCGACCUGAUAAGGAAGAGCCGCAGCUCUCGGGCGGCUCUGAACGAGGCCGGCCUUAUCAUCAGCUUCUAUAGCCUGGCGCUGGCCGUUGUCGCUGCCAAGCCCGUGAGAGUAGUGCAGGACUUCUUUCGCACUCGGAUGAAGAGGGCGAUGGUCGAGGCUGUGCCCACGUCGUUCGACGGAGACGUGUUCUGUCCCAGCGCCAGGUUCCUGACCGAACUGGCCCGCAAGACGUUCUCGGAUCAGGGAGAGGUGAAGCCUUACAUUGUGCUCUUGGUGCUGGCUCAGUAUGCAUACCACGUCAGCGCAGCCGAAGCACCGCCAAGCGCCGACGUGAGGUUCCUUGAGGAAGGUUUUCUUAUGCCAGCCAAGUUCGGUCACCUGGAAGUAAUACAGCUCUUGUACGCCGUGCAAGAGAAGACUGCGUUGAGCGCCAAGGUGAUCAACCGCAUCCUGCGGGAUGGCCACUCGCAAGAGGUAGACCUGUCUAGCCAGCGCGUCGCCGAGUUCCUUGCAGGCGCUGACGACCAGAUGCAGCGAACGAGGCCGUGGUGCCGCACAGCCGGCUAUAUUUUCUUCCUACGCCUCAACUUGUGCGAUCACGUGGACUACGCCAUGAGGCUGACAGCGUUCCUGGCGCCCGACCCCAAUGACCUGUUGUGGCAGAGACCGGAUUUUGACGAUGUGUCAGCGGCACGCAUGAAGGAUGCUCGGCUCUGGGCCCGCAACUUCAAGCGAGCCUUACGAAAAGGAAAGUAUGGUACAGCCCCCAGAGUAGACCAGUAACGAGUUGGCACAGUUUGAGAAACCCAAGCCAAGAGCAUGCUGGAACAUUCACUCUUGCCCCGAGAUUAAUACAGCCAGUAUUGCGAGUCUUGCGAUCAAAGCCGUCCCACUGCCAAAUCCAGCAUGAAAACUUGCCGGAAGGUCGUACACUGAUGCUGCACUUUGCUUGAUAUGUGUUCAUUCUUCUGCCAAGUCAACUCCUACAACGAACGCCCUGUCGGACCUUUUACUUUGAAUGUACCUUGGGAUCGUGCAGCCGUUGAAAACCAUUUUCUGCUAAUUCCAUACCAGUGCCAAAUUCAACAUCCAGAAGUACGCCGCAAUAUGUUUUCUCGAAGUUUUCCCUUGCUUCUAGUUUUCAUGAAGCCCUUUUUGGCACUUUAUGUAGCGUUGUUCUUCUAGUGCCAACUCCAGCAAAGGGAUAAUGCUGGAAUGUUUCAUCUUUAUACAUUUCAUUUCAUUGAAAAAUACAGCUACUGCGUUUUGUCAAGUUUUUUUAUAGUGAAUAAACGAAUUCAGA